AUGUCUUGCUACGACCUGUGCCCCACCACCAACAGCGGCAUCGCCCAGCCCCAGCCCAUCGCUGACAGCUGCAAUGAGCCCUGCGUCCGGCAGUGCCCAGACUCGACGGUCGUGAUCCAGCCACCCCCUGCGGUCGUCACCUUCCCUGGCCCCAUCCUCAGCUCCUUCCCCCAGCAGUCCGCCGUGGGCUCCUCCGGAGCACCAGUCGUUGCAGCCUCCCUGAGCUCUGGGAGCUCCUCCCUGGGCUAUGGGGGCCUGAGUGGCUAUGGGGGCCUCUAUGGUUCUCUGGGCUAUGGGGGCUAUGGUUCUCUGGGCUAUGGGGGCCUCUAUGGCUAUGGGGGUUCCUCCUUGGGCUAUGGGGGCCUCUGUGGCUAUGGGGGCUCCUCCCUGGGUUACAGGGGCCUCUAUGGCUAUGGAAGAUCCUAUGGGGCUGGAUACUGCAGCCCCUACUCCUACCGGUACAGCAGGUACCGCCGUGGAAGCUGCGGGCCUUGCUAA